GUCUCCUGUAUACAGUAGUGUAGGCAGGAACAGGUCAGAUACAGGCUGAGCUGACUCUGCUCCUCACUCUGACCCGUUCUGUGUGUGAUGGCGGUGACUCCGCUGUUCCAGCUGCUGCAGUGGGUGGAUGUGACGAGCGCUGUGUUGUUCUCCUGUGUGUUUCUGCUGCUGGUGGAGUAUCUGUGGAAUAAAGCCCCGAGGAACUUCCCCCCCGGACCCCCCACUCUACCCUUCAUAGGAAACAUCCACAGGUUCAGUAUCGGCAAGUUUCACAUUCAGCUGGGAGAGUGUGCUGAAAAAUAUGGAAACAUUUUCAACAUUCAGAUUUUUGGACCAAGGCUUGUUGUGCUGAAUGGAUAUAAGUUAGUGAAAAAGGUGUAUGUUGACCAAGGGAAUGACUAUGCUGAUCGCCCAAAUGUCCCUAUGCUUCGAGACACUGUUGGUGAUAAAGGAGUUGUUGCCUCCAAUGGAUAUGCAUGGAAACAGCAGAGGAGGUUUGCACUCUCAACUCUUCGAAAUUUUGGACUUGGAAAAAAAAGUCUGGAGUCCUCCAUUCACCUUGAAUGUCGUUAUUUGGCUGAAGCCAUAUCAAAUGAACAAGGCAAACCAUAUGACCCCCGGCUUCUGCUGAACUGUGCUGUCUCCAAUGUGAUCUGUGUCCUGGUGUUUGGAGAAAGGUUUGAGUACAGUGACAGCGAGUUCCAAAUCUUGUUGAACACAAUCAACCAACUUGUGCUUCUUGAAGGAAGUGUUCUGGGACAUUUAUACAACACGUUCCCAAGACUAAUGCGCAUAGCUCCUGGACCUCACCAGAAAAUAUUUACCUUGUGGGACAGAAUGGUAAAGUUUUCCCAUCGUAAAAUAGCAGAGCACAAAGUGGACUGUGACCCCGCAAACCCACGUGACUACAUUGACUGUUUCCUCAUCGAAAUGGAAAAGUGGAAAGAUGACAAGGCUGCUGGUUUCGAUAUUGAGAACUUGUGCUUUUGCACACUGGAUCUUUUUUUUGCUGGGACUGAGACCACAGCCACCACUUUGACCUGGGGUCUGCUGUACAUGAUCAAAUAUCCUGAGAUACAGGCCAAAGUUCAAGCUGAGAUUGACCAGGUGGUGGGUUCUGCACGACAGCCCUCUGUGACAGACAGAGACAACCUUCCCUACACCAAUGCUGUUAUUCACGAAAUCCAGAGGAUGGGAAACAUUCUUCCACUCAACGUGGUCCGGGCUGCCACAAAGGACACACAGAUAGAAGAAUACUCCAUCCCAAAAGGGACGAUGGUGGCUGGCAAUUUGACAUCGGUUCUGUUUGACAAAACAGAGUGGGAGACACCUGACUCUUUUAAUCCAGGUCACUUCUUGGAUUCCAAUGGAAAUUUCAGGAAGAGAGAGGCUUUCAUGCCGUUUUCUGCAGGUAAGAGAGUGUGUCUUGGGGAGCAGCUGGCUCGUAUGGAACUGUUCCUGUUCUUUAGUUCUCUGCUUCAGCGCUUCACUUUCAAACCACCAGAGGGUGUGGAGCCCAGCCUGGACUACAUAUUGGGAGCCACACACAGCCCUAAACCAUACAAGCUGUGUGCUGUGCCACGCUAAGGAGGUAUACAUACAGUGCUGUAAAAAACGAUUAUCUUCUCUUCAUGUUUGAGACUAAAUGGUUUCAUACCCUCAUACUAUUGAAAUAUACGAAAAAGACAAACUAAAUGAAACAGUAAUUAUUUCAUUUAUUGCGGGUAAAGAUGUUUUGCCACAUAUCAUUUAUAUGUUAUAUGUGUUGCAGCAGAUGUAAUGAGACCUCUUGUCUUUAAAAAAGUCCCACGUUCUGCUUAUUGAGUCUACUUUUACAAUUUUGGAAAGUUUCUAUUUAAUUGAUCCUGAUUAGCAACUGCGUUUGCCUUAUUAGUUCUUUGAGUAACAUACCAAUUAAAGCUGGAUGGUUUUGACAAACAUACAAGAUGUUUUAAAUGAUAGUUUCAUUUAUUAAAUAAAUCACCAAAAAAAAACAAUCUAGCUCUGUAUGAAAAAGUCUUUGCCCCCAAAACCUAAUAACUCGGUUGUGCCAACAGAAAUCAAGCUUUACCAAUUACUGACUAAGAGUCUUUCACAUCUCUGUGGAGAAAUUUUGUUCUACUCGUCUUUACAGAAUAGUUUCAAUUCAGACACACUGGAGGGUGUUCGAGCAUAAAGGGCCUGUUCAUGAUCAUCACAGCAUCUCAAUCAGUCUUUGACUAGGCCACUCCAAAACCUUCAUUCAGAUAAUCAAUUGUUUGUGUGUUUUGGAUCAUUGUCCUGCUGCAGAACCCAAGUAUGCUUGAGCUUGAGUUCAUGAACAGAUUGCUGGAUAUUCUCCUUCAGGAUUGUCUGGUAAACAGCAAAAUUCCUGGUUCCAUCAAUUACAGAAAGUUCUCCAGGCCCAGAACCAGCAAAGCAGCCCCAGACCAUCACACUACCACCACCAUGUUUUACAUUCAGUAUGAUGGGCUUUUUUUUCCCAGAAAUUAUGUGUUAUUUUUUUUUUU